CGACGGCCCGACUGUAUCAUUUCAACAUUGAUGGACAAUAAUUUCGAAAUCAACAUUGAUAUGGAGAAGUGAAAUCGGCUGCUGAAUACGACAACCAUUAUCAAACAAAUAUGGACUGUUGCGACUUGGACACUUCUGCAAAGAUACAAUUGAUGUACACAAGUUACAAGCUAGCCUUGGCAUAUAUGUAGUUGGUCCAAAUUUGACAUACUAUCUUAUGGAACUCAAGGCCGAUGGUCUGUAUCUGAUGGAAGAGCUUGUCACAAUCAGAAUGCCAUUAUGUAUCAAGGACAUUCCUACAUAUCUUGCGAGCCUUAGCCAAAUCAAGAAUGUCACCCAUCACUUUUACCAUCAUUGCAAGCAAUCCGAUGCAUCCGCGAUGAUAAUCAUUAGCAAACGCAACAGAGUUAGUCCCACUGCUGAAAACCUUGAUCAUGUCAUUGAAAAGACCAUUGAUCGCAAGCGACAUAAUCAUGUCAAAUAUUGAAUAAAAUACCAGACUUUGUCCACUUUGCUCAUAAGAUAAUACACAAAGGAGCAAAAGAUGAAUCUCUUCUGAGAUCGAUGUUCAAGCCACGAAGCUGAGCCUUCGUUACAAAUAUUAGGUAUACCAGAAGACGGUAGUGGGUGUUUUGUCCUUGUGCAUGAUGGAUAUCCCAACAGCCUGGACCCAGAGUU